AUGCGCAUCAACGUGUCGUCGAUGUUCGAGCUAAUCCAGGACCAGACUGCCUCGGGCAACCUCUACCUCCAGCAAAGCCUGAACGAAUACGGCGAUGCCGUCCUGGAAGAGGACGAGAUCCACGAAACCAACAACCCCAUCAUGGACAAGACCCUUCUUGACACUGGCGCUGAAGGAUUCCGUGUGUUAACAAAUUUUACACCGGAGAAAUUCGAGGACAUCUGGGGGAAUGCUGAAUCUGCUAUGACAUCACGUUGGAAUGACGGUCGCGGUCGGAAGUCCGCAACAAGUGCCAAAGACGCCCGCACCAACGCUGGAGAAACUCAUCGUGAAUGUGGUCGGCGUGUGCUCGAAGCUCCUGUACGACUGUUUCGUGUCUCUGCCCCGCAUGACGACGCUGCGCUCGAAGGACAAAGUGUUCACUCGCUAGCCCUACGCAUUGCAUGCGACGGACGUCAAGUUCCAGCCGGCUCAUCGUCCCUCCGGCCGCUUCAGUGA